AGAGAAAGGAAUGCGCCUUCCUUCGAUCGAUCGAUCGAUCAGCUCAGUGCAGUGAGGGAGUGAGUGAGCGAGAAACCAAAUCUCCAUUCUCUGAGGAGAGCACUGCGUGACUGGCGGCAUUUAUGAGCACCGCAUAGUCAUGAGCGUGCCCGAUCCGCGACACAUCUCUCACAGUCCUCGUCCUCGUCCUCUGGGAUCGUAAGAGCUCGCGGAGCUGAGCGUCCUUCCUUCGUCGAUCGGUCCGCCAUGUCUCUGUCCAUGGCAAUCGCCGGGGGCUUGCUCCUCGGGGGCACGGGCCUCGCGCCCUCGCGCCUCCCCGUUCGACUGCGCGCUGGCGCUGGCGCUGGCGCGGCCUUGCGCCCGCGGCCAUCCUCGCGCGUCCGGGCCGCGGCCGCGGGCACGGGCGCAGGCGCGGGGGCGGUGCCCGAUCCGCGGCAGUCGAAGCCGGGCCUCGGCCAUCUCUUCGACCGCCUCAACGGCUCGCAGGCGCCCCCGACCUGGAGCGACAUCGUCUGGCCGUCCGCAGGUGGAUUCGUGGCCAUGGCCGCUAUGGGGUACGUAGACUCGGUGCUGGCUCCCAAGGGCCUCAGCUUCACCCUCGGCUCGUUCGCGGCCGUCUGCACGCUUUUGUUCGCUCUCCCCAAGGCGCCGGUGUCACAGAAGUACAACGUCGUGGUCUCGCACUUGGGCUGUGCCGCCGUGGGAGUCGUUGCUCUGGCCAUGUUCGGACCCGGCUGGGUGGCUCGAGCCGUCGCGCUCUCAGCUUGCAUCGCUUUCAUGCAGUUCACCGACUCCCUCCAUCCUCCUGCCGCAGGGUUGCCCCUCAUCAUGAUCGAUGCUCCCAAGUUCCAUCAGCUGAGGUGGUGGUACGUCCUGUUCCCCGGUGUCGUGGGCUGCCUGUUCUUGUUCCUCCUGCAAGAGGCGGUACAAUGGCUGAAAGAGAACUGCAAGUUUUGAAGUUUCUGAAAAAUUCGACGACGCUUUUCAUUCGAUUAUCCGACGCUGUAAAGUAAAAUUUCAUCAUUCUACGAGACGCUAAGCGAUCAUGUAUUUAUACAUCACGAGGAGAAACGAGAUUACGCAAGAGUUCCCCUCCCUUCCGGUAACGCAGUGAAGCAAGCGUAUUAGUAGAGCCGUGAUAUGCUGCUUGAUUCCAUGUACAAUUCCGCAGCGCUGCGUUUAUCACGAUCUGCGCAUCCAACACCACGCAAAUAUUGGACCAUCGUUAUAAAGUGGAGGGUUUUUGGCUAUGGCGGAUAAACAUCAUGUCCUCGUGAUUGCUCCCAAUGUCGUACAUGUCCAGAUGGCUUCAUUGUCUCUUAGGCGAUCCUUCCAAUUCUGAAAUUCCUCGUGCAUGGGGAAAGAAUUUGUGAUCUCUCACGUGCCAGGAGGAUUAAGGAGAGAAGACGCCAUCGAGGAUUAAACGAAUUGGCAAACGGAUGCUAUCAUCAUGUUAAGUAUACGUUACAUGGAAUGUUUCAUAUUACGUUUUUUUCAAGCCACUUUUGUACGUGAACGUACUUUAUAGAUCUUCGAGAAGGAUACUCUUUGCAUAGCAGUAUAUAUUGGUCAUCGAAGAAAAAUGUAAAUAUGGCAUCUUUAUAAAACAUUUAUAUCCUU